AGCACAUACAACAGAGUUGUGGAUGUGUGUUCAAAAUGAUCUGAUCGUUCACAAUCACCCAUCACGCAGCUCCAGAUGUGAACGUGAUGUGAGUCGUUACAACGGCUGAACACUGAACUACGGCAGCGGCCCGCAGGACUGCACAAGAUGUCUGCUGAGCUCUACUUUGCCAGUGGACCAGAUGGGAAUAAUGCAAGACUACAAGGCACCACAGUGGGGGGCAGUAAACCUUUACACCGCUUCAUUAGGGGACAACCCAAGACGAUUGGCAUCAUCCUGCUUGUCUUGGGCUCGUCUUUCUUCAUUCUUUCCAUCGCUAUCUCUACAGAACACAUGUGGACAGUCAUCCCACCUAGCAUCUUGCUUGGGGCACUGGUUGGUAUACAUCAUAUGUGGAAUUCUAUAUAUCCUGACAGAGUACAACCCAACCAAGAAAAAAGUAACCAUAUCUUUGGCUUUGAGUAUUGUGACCAUACUGGGGACAUUUUGGUCUGUCAUGCACAGCCUGCCCUCCGUAGUACACAACUACAGACACUAUUCAUACUUUGCUGAAGACAAUGACACAGACAUUGAGGAAGCACAAUGGGCAUCAUAUUAUGAGGCCAUGGGCGUGACUGUGGAGUCGAUCUUCCUGUUCUACAGUUUUGUUGGUGGAAUUAUUUUCAUAGUAAUGUCAGCUCUGGCCGGGGCUGCCCUGCGUUCCACUAAGAACCAGGCCAUUGUAGUGAUGACUGCUAGUCCGAAUGAAACACCAGUUGAAUAACAAGCACGAGAGGAAGGUCUGAAGUGUGAUGAAUAAGCAGCAAGAAGAAAUAUGAAGCAUACAAGAACAGCAAAGUAUUUAUCUCUGGGCACAACUGAGUCCUUUAUAUUAACCACUUCUUAAUAGUAUGCUGUGGUCAUGUAUAAAAUGCAAUACAGAUUAUUUGUUCUAUUAUUUCUAUUCAAUUCUGUUAAGUACAGUCAGUUCUAUUACUACUUCCACCAUCAUGUGAGCACUAUAUUACCUUCCAAAAGACUCCACAGGAUGGUGACAUUAAACUUUCCACACCGCAUAGACCAUUAACUGCUAUUUACCCUCCUACUCUCCACAUUAUUUGUUUGUGCUAUACUCCAUAGAUCAGAACACGUGUGGGCUAUUUUUUCUCUCAAAAACAAUUAAAUUAGUUAAGGGCAGACUUAAAUUGAGACAAACUUGCUGGUUCUCUGGUUACAGUUAACAUAUAUCACUUUCUGACAGAGGUGGAAAGUAACAAAUUACAAUGAAUCACGUUACUGUAAUUGAGUAGUUUUUCGUAUACUUGUACUAUUUAAAGUAGUUUUUUAAAUCUGUAAUUUUACUUUUAAUUAUGUAUGUUUUGUUUAAAGUAUUGUACUUUGCUACAUUUCUAAAACUCACGAACACAAGUGCAAGAGAACAGCUUUAUCAUGCAGUGUAAGCUGUGAAAAAAUGCUGUUUUAAGUUACUGCUAAUGCAAACUGAACCUUUCCUGCUGUAGCAGCUUCACAUUAAAAGCAUUUAAAUAGCAAAA